GUCAGAAAACGUUAAGCAAAAAAGCUCAUUCCUUUAUCUAUGCCAGAAUUGCACUUCUCGUCUUUUCAAUUCUUUCUCAAUCCACUUACUUUUGUAUAGAGAUACCACCGCCUAGAUAAGAAGUUGUCGCUGUACAUUGCACGUUAACGUUUUGUUUUUUAACUACCGGCUGACGGAGCAACCAUACUCUGAAUAACGCGCGUGCUUAGAUUUCUUUAAUUGGCCUAAAUGGAACCAGAUUGGACAACCAAUGAGACUUACAGGGCUCUUCCCCAAAUGGAGGUAAACGACCCUGCACAAGCAACAGAAUCCAAUAAAUAUCCCACCAGAAACAAACAGCACCCCAACAACAUGUUCACGCAAAGUAUCUUUGAUUUAACUCUCAUCACCAUUAACAUUUGUCAAAUAUGUUACAUCCUAAAGGUUGGCCCAAUGCUGGGCAUUCUCUAUUACAUAAUGUUGAUAUUGUUAGGUGUUUCUCUCACUCUGUUGUCCAUCCACGGUUUUAUGGGGCUUUUUGGACGACUGCGCUGUAGCAAACCGCUCUCAGAUGGAUGUUUCAACUGUUUAUACAACACAUCGCUAUUUAUGGUGGUUUUAAUUUACUUGGUGAACUUGAUUUUUAACGUGCUGAGCUUGAAGGAAACCGAAGACAAAUGCCAGAUCAUCGUCAGUCACAUGCGGAACAGAACGACACCAUAAAUUUGUAAAGAUGUUUCAAAGAACCCCACCAAAUAAAACAGGGUAAAUACUGAUCAUACUCAACGCAGGCUAAAUACCU